AUGAUCACUCUACCUUACAAUCAUCGUAUCACUAGAGUCGAUUCAGAAGAUACAACUAAAAGUAGUACAGGUAUCUCUAGAAUAAUAUAAUUUUUUCGUGUUUUUUGGAUCUUGUUUUUAAUUUUAGGUAACAAAAAGAAUGUUCAUAACUUCAAAAACAUUAAAAAAAAAGCAAAGAACUUUUUAAAACACGACAAUACAUAUUUCAGGUUACCCCCUCCACAAAGAAAAGUCUCCUUUAAAGGACAACCACAAAGAUGAGUACACAAAGCCUUUGAUCAGGCAUAAACGUCAGUUUCUGGGCGGUGGAUGUUGUGGAAUGAUGCAGGCUAGUCCAGUGUGUUGCCCUGUACCUGUGCCGGCUCCGAUUCCAAUGCCCAUGCCAUUACCAAUGCCAAUGCCGAUGCCAGUACCUGUUCCAGCACCGGUACCCGUGCCGGCUCCAGUUCCGGUUUACGGGGUGAGUUGAGGUUUUUAAGCGAAAUUUUUAAAAUGGUGACGCUAAUUUUAAAUUUUUUAAUUAAAAAUCAGAUUUAAAAUUUUUAUUGUUCACAAAGCACUGAAUUUCAGUUUUCAAUCUUUUUUAAUCAGUACAUCAUUCACAACAUAACCUUUCAGGGCGGCUGCUGUGCCUGUUGUCAACCAAUGUGUGUACCAACUUGUCUGAGAACUUGUGGUUUAGGAGGUAUUGGACUUGGUGGUCUACCUUUUGGCGGGCUUGGCCUUGGUGGACUAGGCGGACUUGGAGGCCUUGGAAUGGGAGGGCUUGGUGGUCUUGGCAUGGGUGGGAUGUUUGGUGGUUGUGGGCUUGGAGGAAUCCCUUUCAGAACUCGCAGGAUUAAGUAA